CACGCUUCGGCUGCCCAACGCGUAUGCGGCGUGGCGCCGACGGCGACCUGGCUGAUCUCCUCACACACGCGCACCGCCGUGAGUUCAAGCGAGGCGAAGUGAUAUUCAAGGGCAUGUACGGAGGCGAGGCUGAGCACUUUGUUGUCGUCGUGGCAAGUGGUGUCGCACACCUCCUGCGCUCCCUCCCCGUUCGCGUGAACAAUGCACGCGGCGACCUUGUGCUUGCAGGCACAGCAUCCAGGCGACCGCCACCGCCACCGCCACCAUCACCAUCGUCAACAACGAGGACACGAUCAUCGCUCCGAAGUGGCCACGCACAGCAGCAGCAGCAGCAGCAGGCGAUGGUGAGGAAGAUGAUGAAGGGAAAGAAGGAGAAAGAGGGGAGGGACAAGAAGAGGGACAAGAAUGGUAACGUGCCGGACGUGCGAGUGGAGGAGGUGGGCAGUCGUGGCUGUGGCCAUGAUCGUGCCGAGGACGUAGGUGGUGAUGAGGGUGAGGUUGGUGAUGGCGGUGGUGAUGGCGGUGGUGGUGGUGGUGGUGCGGUUGUGGCGCAAUCGAGGAGAUGUGCAACCACAUCGCCAGCAACAGGACCGGCGUCGACCACACCAUCAUCGACAUCGUCUUCGUCAGUAUCAUCGCCAUCCAGGGCCCUGCAACGAAACAACUCCCUUCAGGUGCCCGUGGACACACGUGUGUGUGCAGGCCGCCGCGGCAGUGGUGGUGGUGGUGGUGGUGGUGGGGGUGGCAGUGGUGGUGUGAUGCUGAAGGCGCGAAAGGUGUCAUCGCUUCGGCGCUCUAUGACGUGGAGUGGCGAUGGUGAUGGUGGUGGUGGUGGUGGUGGUUAUGACGGUGGAGCGAGACGAGCGGACGCAACAAAUGCAACAGCAACAACAGCUACAGCAGAGGCAGUGACGGUACAGGCAGCAAUGGGACUGACAAUACAAUCAUCAUCAUCAUCAUCGUCAUCAUCAUCAUCAUCAUCAUCGUCUUCAUCACCACGGUCGCACCCACAUUCACUGCACUGGAAGAAGAAGAAGGAGAAGAAGACCAGUGUUGGGAUGGGGGAACAAAAGGCCGCACGGUGUCUGUUUCCUCCGAUACACACCCGACCAACACCCUCAGGUACAGCCCAAGCCAUGUGUCACGCGCCUGCACCAUCCUCGGCAGCAGCAGCAGCAGCAAAAGAAAGAAUACCAACGACAACAACAACAACACCGUCGUCACCAUCUUCAUCAUCAGCAUCCGGAUCAGGACGGCGCCGACAGCAGCGAAGUGCGCCACCAUCCGCGCCACCGCCAUCAUCGUCGACGCGACACAGGGUGACGUCGUCCGCAGCAUCUUCACGCCUUGGAAGCAGCAGCAAGCCAGGCAAACGCACCACCAGCAACAGCAAGGACACCGACAAGAACAAGGGCAAUAACAGCAGCAACAACAGCAGCAACAACAGCAGCAACAACAGCAGCAACAACAACAACAGCCAGACCAACGACAGCCAGACCAACGACGGCAACGGCACCGCCGCCACGGCCACGGCUGCGUUGAAGCGACGACGGGUGCUGACGCGGUACGAGCAGGAAGAGAUGCACAUACGCGAGAUGGAGGCACUUGAGCAGCGGCAGCGGGAGGAGGAACAGAUGCUGCAACGACAGAGCGAGCACGUGCGUGGUGUCAAGCGCGUGUGGGUGACGACGGAGGCACUGCCACGUGGCACCGUGAUUGCAAACUGGACGCACACGCACGCGCUGGUGAGCGACGGGUGCGAGUGCGUGUUUCUGCCGCGAGCCGUGUUUUACAAGUUUGAAAAGGGGCGGCAACUCAUCAACGCGAAGACAACGGACGUUGCGUCCGGUGGUGACGUGGCGGUUGCGUUUAUGUUGCGGGCGCCCGACGAAGAUGUGUUCAACGCGUUUAGGGCCACGGAGCAGUGGGAGUUCUUCAAGUUCCGCAUCAGCCCUUGA